CGUCGGAAUUUCGACUCUAAAUUCAGCCUAGACAUGGUGGCAACGACCUGGGUUGGGGACGCUUACAAAAGUUAAAACCUUUGCCUUGCUAAGACUAAACCCCUAAAGUGGCCAUCUUGUGGAGCGAGCGAGCAUGGCAUCCAAGCAGAAGAGGAAGAAAAGCCAUAGUCUGUCUGAUGUGAAAACCCUGGGCCUUCAGCUUCUGUCCUCCCGAGCUCACAUCAACAACCUCCCUCUUCUUCUUUCCUUUGUUUCCCCUUCUUCCCCUCCUAAGUAUGUUCUCGAAUCCCUUCUCUCUCUCCAAUCUUUCUUCCUUCCCCUCCUUCCCGACCUUCCUUCAUCUUCAUCGUCCCCACUUGACAAAUCCAGCCAUGACCCCCAACUUAUAUACCGCACUUGGAUCCGUUCCAAGUUCGAUGACUUCAUUAAUUCGCUUAUUGAAGUUUUCGUAUCCCCACAAUCCGACGAAACACUUGAGGAGGUUCUGUUAGAUGCUAUAAUGGAAUUUGUGAAGGUGGCACAUGGGGGGAAGUUUUCCUCAUCUAUAUAUCACAAGCUUUUGCAUAGUAUGGUUCACUCUUCUGAUGCAGUUGUUUUUCUCGUGGAAUUGCUCUCAUCAAAGUAUUUCAGAUAUAUGGACGUCCGUUAUUUUACAUAUAUAAGCCUGGGAAGGUUUGCUAGGACAUUGGAAGGAAAAGUUGGAUCAGAUUCUAAAAUUGCAAAUGAAGAUGGCUUUAAUGAAAGUCCAUUGAACCCAAGUUUGGAGCAUGUCAUCCGCAAUAUGUAUUGUACUAUAUCACAUGUCCCCCAUCUUGAAAGCUUGGAUAAACCAUCUAGUAUUGAGAUGUGGAGUGAAUCAGGUCUUUUAUCCAAAGAACAUGAUCAUGAACAACUUUCUAAGGAGGUGGAUUUAGAUGAUAACCAGAUGAAGACUGAGAAGCAUAAUAGUAAUGAAACUUCUGCAGACAAAGUUGCCAAAAAGAUGAAAUCAAAAUUUACCAAAGCGUGGAUUUCAUAUCUUAGAUUGCCACUUCCACUUGAUGUGUACAAGGAGGUUCUCGUUAACCUUCAUCAAGCAGUUAUUCCUCACUUGACAAAACCUAUUAUGUUAUGUGAUUUCUUAACAAGAUCAUAUGAUGUUGGGGGUAUUGUUAGCGUCAUGGCUCUUAGCAGCCUUCAUGUCCUGGUGACCCAGCAUGGCUUGGAAUACCCAGAUUUCUAUGAGAAACUCUAUGCUCUUUUAGUUCCAGCUAUCUUUAUGGCUAAACAUCGAGCUAAGUUUUUUCAGCUUCUUGAUGCUUGCCUUAAGUCAGAAUUACUUCCAGCUUAUUUGGCUGCUUCCUUUGCGAAGAAAUUGAGUAGGUUGUUGCUUUUAGUUUCUCCUUCAGGAGCAUUGGUUAUCAUUGCCUUGAUUCAUAAUCUCUUGCGGAGACAUCCUUCAAUCAACUGCUUGGUUCAUCGGGAGGAUGGUGAUGAGGAAGGGAAAGAUGAAUCUAAGACUGGUGUUAUGCCCUACCAGAAGAAAUCAGGCAUUGACGACUUCAACGAUGGGGAAACUAAUCCCAAGAAUACUAGGGCAAUGAGGAGUUCUCUUUGGGAGACAGAUACCAUUCUUCAACACCACUGCCCUCCUGUUUCAAGGUUUUCUUUGUCUCUUGGGACUGAUUUGACGGUGAGGAAUAAAACAAGUGAAAUGAAGGUUGAGGAUUUCAGUUCAGGUUCAUAUGCCACAGUAUUUGGAGACGAGUUAAGGCGGAGGGUAAAGCAGGUUCCACUAGCAUUCUACAAGGAAACUCCCUGUGUGUUUUCAGAGGCUGAUUUUGCUUGCUGGACUUUCAAAUUGGAAGCAGAAGAUGAUUGUUACAGCCCUGCUAAACGGCAACGAAAAGAUUGUCCGUGAGACAUGUGCAUCACCCACAAAAUCUGCAAAAUAAUUGGGGUCCUAAGAUUAAAGGUGGAAAAGUUGACAGUUAAAUCGCAUGCAGAAUUUUGUAGUCUAAUCUGCACAUUUGACAGAAUUUCUAUGAAAAGAAAAAGGAAAGACUGAUAUCCCAGUUUCUAGCAAUGAUUAUUCUAGUUUCUUCAGCAAAUACACAGCAUUAUGGAUGAUCCAAUAUUGCAGGGGAGUAUAAUUUUCAAAGGUCAAAUGAUACAUAUUCUUUUAUUUGGUGAAGACGAUCAUGGAAACGUGUCAAAUUAUUGACUUUAUGGUGGUAUAUUGUUGAGUCUGAUAUUAGGAAGCUUUACAAGGGUAGUGGGGUUUAUAAGUGAGGGGCUCUCAUAUAACAAUUUAGUCUUUUGAAAUGGUUUUUUUUUUUUAAAAAAACUUGUACUCAAUAUUGAUGUUUUCAUUAAGAGGUGGAUGUUAUGGAGAGGAAUGCAUGUGGCCUAGUUUUGUUUCUCACCAACAAUCUCUACACUCAUUUUUGCAAAUCCUUAUGUAUUUUAUUAUUCUUAAUGUUGUGCAUGGGCCCCUAGACAUUAUGUAAAGUCCCAUUCUAGGGUUACAAAGUUAAUCUUGUGUCUCCUGAAAAGAAUUCAUGAAUGUAACUGACUUGAAUGGAGUUACAACCUCUGGCA